AACUGUCACGAUGCACAUCUGGUGCGUGAUGGCCGUGCUGCCGCGGCGCCGCCGCUUCCUAGCGCUGGUGCAGCUCGCCGUGGCAGUCUGGUUUGCGACGGCGAGCGGCUGCCUCUGCCGGCUCAUCCCGCCCUGCGGGCACAUGCCACCGCCACCGCCGCCGACGCUGCAGCCGCCGCCGCCGCCAACACUGACGCCGCCACCGCCGGCGGGCGUCCCUCCUCCUCCUCCGCGACACCGUCCGAUCUGCUUCCAUCCGUACUGCCGCCCGCCGCCGAUCUGCGCGCACUGCACGCCCGGCGGCCGCGUCCCGCCACCGCCGUCGCCAGCACUGACGCCAUCGCCACCGCCGCCACCAACACUGCUGCCUCCGCCGCCGCCGGCAGGCACCCCUCCUCCUCCUCCGCCGCGACGCCGCCCUUGGCCUUUCCCUCCGUGGUGCAUUGGCCGCCGGUGCCCGCCGCCGGUCUGCACGCCUGAAGGCUGCUCCGGCCAAAGCCCGCCUUAGCUUAGCUUCAACAGUCAACAUCUUCAUCACUCAUCGUCCUGUCGAGAUUCCACGCAUCUCAUCAUCUACUAUAGUAUAUGGAUGGGAUGGACGUGAUGAGGCAGCCCAGUCGCCAGCAAUAAUAUGUAUCUGAAUGUGAUCGAGAACAACUUAAAAUAAAAGAUGUAUUACGCACAUAAUGCAUAGUUUAAAACUAAUUAAAACUGUUACCUGUGA